CUUCUGAAAAGGGUUAGCACCACAUGGCUGAGCCCCGGCCAUUCCACCUGGGUGGUGGACAUGCUCUUGGCCUUUGUGUGUGGCCUGGGGCUCUUCCUCCUCCUGCUGCCCUGCCUGCAGGGUGAGCCUGCGGCACCACCAGCGGGUAGGAAGAACAGCAGAAAGGGUGGCCUGCAGAGGAGGGGCAGGAGCAGGAGCAGGAAGAAGAAUGCGGCUCUAGCAGCGUGUGGAGACUGCCUGGAUUACCUGAAGGAGACCUGGAACCUGAUUUCUCUUGUGCAAAGCCUCCUGGGGACGGUCCCUGCCACCGACAGCUCCUACCAGCCCUUAGACCAAGACCCCCCUGACAAGGAGUACAAAAGAGCAGCUGGUGGGCCUCCCCGGCCACACUGGGAGCACGUGGACAGCACUGCGAAGGCUCCUCUGACCAAGCACCUCCUGCCUCUGGCCUCCUCUCCGUCCUCAGGUCCAGCAGCCUCCUCAGUUCCGGCCUGCUUACCCGCUUCCCUCACUGCCUCUCAGUCACCAGGGCCCUUGCUUCCCCUAGGAUCCCUGUCACCCCAGCCACUGGCACUUCCCCUUCCCCCACCAUGUCCACCCGGGGCCUGCGCAGUACCUCCAGCACCCUGCUCUACCCCACCACUGCCAGGCCCUGCUCCGACUCUCUCUCAGAGUGACUCAAUGGACCUUCCCCUGGAUGCAGUCACACGGAGCUCGUCCCCACCCAAGCACAUGCUGGCUUCUCCCAUCCCACACAUCUCCAGCCUUAGCCACACAAGUUCUGCCAUCCCAGCCCUUCCUUGGUGGCAGCUGGCUGCCAGAGCCUUGUGCCUCACCACCUCAUCAGACAGCGAGUCCCAGAAGGGGCCUCUCUCCCACCAGCCACCAAGGGCCGUCUCCUUGGGAGUCCCCACCAGCAGGCAGAUGGAGGCUGGUAACCCCUCUCUGCAUGGCUCUGAUGACCAGAACAUCCUGGGGAUAAAGGUCACAAGGAAAGUUGAGGUCAAGAUUUGGAAAGAAAAAGAAAAAGAUGGAACAUUUCUAGAACAAAUGAGCCCAGGAUACAAUCUCAGUUCUUUGAGGAAUAUGCUGAAUUCCCUGGGUGCUGAGCAGGACCUCACAGUCCCACAACCCUUCUGGGAAAUAAAGGACAAAGUGAAACAGCUGCUGGGGCCUCAGCAGCUCUCGUAUUCCAAGGUCUUGGGGGACCAUCUUGAGCAGAAGUACAACCAGCUCUUCUGGGGUCUCCCCUCUCUGCACAGCGAAUCCCUGGCGGCUGCUGCCUGGAUCUCCCAGGGCGCUUCUACUCUGCAGCCCACCUGCUUCUUGUUCAACAGAAUCUCCAGUGUGUGCUCAGUUCAAGUGCAGGAUAAAAUGUCCCCCCUGCUUUCCCAGCCCCAGUCCCCACCCUUGAUUCUAUCCAUGUCCCAAUUCCAGCCUCAAACUCUGGGUCAGUUCCAGACCCAGGUCCACCUCCCAUCCUCUUUCCAAGCCCUGCUACCCUCUUCUCCACCUCACAUUACGGACUGUGCAGCAUCUGGCCCUACAUCCCAGAAUAAGCCACAGUCUCUCCUCCCAACUGAAUUUCAACACACACAAAUGCCCUGGAUUGGGAAACAACUGGGAUGUGGGUGGGCUUUGCCCUCAGUGGUCCAAAGACCUCAGGAAGUCUUCAACAUCCUCCCGACCCACCUCUCCCAAGACAACUGCCCGGACUCCAUCCUUCCCGAGAAUCUCCCAGUCAGUUCCGAGCUUCGGGAGCAACUGGAGCAACACAUUCAAAGGUGGCUCAUGCAACCCAGGUGGGACCAGAUGCAAAAGUCUCUGGAACUAAUGCAACUUCGGGAAGGGACAUCUCAAGAAGUACCAGGGACGUGUCGGGCCAAGGACAAGCCCUGCCCCCUGCAGGCCUCCCUGUCUAUAGGUGACAGCAGCAGGGAUUCACAGAAGGUGAGGUUCCAGCUAGAGAAGGACACAGGCAAGCACCUGGGGCAUAUUCUAGGGAAGCACUGCCACCUGGCUGAUCGCCAGGAGCUGUCCCAGGACAUAUGCGGCCCCAAGAUGGGGAAGCAGGCAGCCUUGCCCUACAUCUUGGAAGUCUGCCUCAAGAGCCGGAAGUUUGAAAAUGACCUAACAGUUCCGGUGAAGUGCUUGCUGGAAGUGCCGCCGGAGGUGGCGGUUGAGCUCUCCGGGAAUUCCUGGAACCCGGAGGAGGAGCCCAGCCAGCCGGCAGACCCAGAGGAGGAGCUGGCGUGGGCUGCUGGGGUGCAGACCGGAGGAGGCACAGAACACAGAGGCUUUGCAGAACAGCCACCCGCCACCACGUGGCUCAGCGACCAGCCGCCCGCCGAGCUGCGAGGCUCAGCAGGCAUGGCACAGGGACCCUAUGAAGAGGUCUCUAACCAAGCCUUCAUGAAAUAG